AUGAGCGAAACUGCAAGCGGCGGUUCAGCGCAAGUUCCUUCGGGCGACGUGCCUCCAUCUCCGACACCUUCAGCGGACACGCCUGCUGCAGGCAGCGUCGCGUCCGGUGUUGACGCCGGUACCGAUGAUGCCGAGCUGGUCGAUCCGCUGCUCGCCUUGUCACGGCGCACCCCAUGGCCUGGCAGCGCACUCACGAGCAGUGUGCGGCCUCUGACAAAGGACGGUGCUGCUGCGUGGGCUAACAGCGUGAGAGAGCUGGACGACAAGGUGAAAGCGGCCAUCGCAGGCCAUCCUGCUGGUCGAAUCGAGUACCCGCCAGCGUUCUUCACGCCUCCGAUACCUGGAUCGUCAGAUUCGCAUAGUGUUGUUGGAAUUCCAGCGAGUAUCGAAGAUUACACUUCAGGUGCGAAUAUGCGUGACGGUUUCGGUGGUUUGGAGUCAAUUUUCCCUGUGGAACAUCUCUUGGACGCUGAACUUCAGGAUGUUGCUCGGCUUCUUGGCCUGGAUGACGGUGAGGGCGUCUCGAAUUCCGUGUUGGUUCCUCGUGGUGAUUGCUCAGAGUGGCCACCACGCGUUUUCCAGGAUGUGGUUGAUUCGACUCGUGCGAAACGCGAGUUGGCCUCUCUGGUCCGUGCCUUUGGUUGCGAGCGACUCGCAGAUCGGGUCUUCGGGACGUCGACGGCGCUUCAUCGCGCGGUGAAGGAACUGCGUGAGUUCCAGGGGCAACUCAACGAGUCAGCCCUGAAGAACGUCAAAAGGGUCGCCGAGCUAAUGAUCAAGCACGACAAUGUGCGUUCCGGAUUAACAAUCUUGAGCAACUUCUGGGAUGACCAGUUUCAGUUGGCUCGAAAACAACUGGACCACAAGGCCUCGGAGCAUGACCGGGAUUUCAAGCGCGCAGCUCAGGAUCACUAG